AAUGCCGCGAGGAGGAAUUCGUUGUAUAUUAAUGAUGAUACAAUUCGUUCUACUAUAAGUACAACGCGAUCGAACCAGCCGCCAUUCAUCGUUCGUCAUCGUGGCGGGGCAACGGUGUAAUUACCGGACGUUGUCAUUCAGUUCGCACUUGUCAGUGUGGUCUUUGUCUCAGCAUCUUCUGCGCCCCCUCUGAAAUCGAAAUGUAAGGAUCUUAACCUUUUUUGUACAAAUUAAAACUUUGCCUCUGUGAUCGUGAAAAAACAGAAAGACUUGACUAGAAGAAAGCUAUCAGAAACCCCAGAAUCUUCAAUCAUGGCCCUGGACGGCGUGUUUCGGAUGAAGGGCGCUACGCCCAACGCCAUGAACGAGGUGGCGGCGAACGUGAUUAUAUCCUGAGAAAAAACUGUUACAGUUACACUCUCUGAUGGAAGACAAGCAAGACAGACCACCUCUGUCAUGCAGGAAAUGCUUGCCAGCCUCAUUUCAUUCGUGGUUUCCCCUAUAGUCUGCGCAUCACAGGUUUUCUUUGCAUUGUUGAGCAACUUUGUCAUGCAGAAACUCCAACAAGUGUGUAACUGUAACACUUUUUUCCUGUGAUAGAUUAACAGCGAAAAGCAGUAUUUACCCGCUCCGAGAAUAGGCUGCGUUCCGGAUUUACGGGAAAGGGGAAAAUCAUCGACCGUGACUGUUUGUGUUGCUGUUUUUAGCAUAUGGCCGAUUCUUCACAUUUGUCUUGCAUGAAGAGCAUAAGAUUGAUUUGAAAUUGGCAUGACAGAAAUUGGCAUUCACGGCCAGGCGUGUUUUUCCCUUCCAUACCCCAUCAACGCCGCAAAGUUGAAGAAAACCUGGGUGGAAAAGCCGCCGAAUGUUAGAGUAAGAUAAUUUAAUAUGUUUUGCACUGCAUCUUCUCAUGUUUAAGUUUAUUGCUGCAUAAAAGAUGUCUUUCAACAAAAUACCAUUCCUGCAUGACAAGUUCUCAAAAACUACCAAACCAGCACGAAGACGCAGUGUUGAAGCAGCUGACGUAUGGGUGCAACAGUGGAAAUAUCAAAUGCAAAAAUGUCUGGGUCUGGAAGAGCCAAACUUGUGAUGCUGUAUUUGGAUGCUAAAAAAACCUGUAUUGCAUGACCCGCAAGAGAAUUCAAAUUUGGCUACGCGGAGAGGGCAUUUGUCAUGCUGGAUGCGCAUAGAUAAGCGCUCAAAAAAUCUGUGAUGCUGUUGCAUACAUCACAGACAUCAUGGAUCAUGGAAAAUGUGCAUUACAAACUUCUCCUCUUCCAGACCCAGACAUAUUUGCAUUUCAUAGGAAAGCAAGUGCGGGAAUUGCAGCGGGUGUACAAGAUAUGCAAACAAAACCUUGUACAGAUACGCAGCCCCUCUCUCUGGUAGCGGUUUUGCAUGAACAGAAUCUAUUAUUCAUACAUCUGCUGAAGCGCAGACUCGACUGAGAUCCAGUGAUUUCCUGCAUAAACACGCUUCAUUAGGUCUGACGAGAAAGGAGCUGUGGCAUUUCUCUUCCAUAACUGAACGAAAUCGACCACAGAGACCGAUCGUUGUCCAUCUCACAGCAUUUCACAGACCCAAAUGGUAUUUUACACUUUUAGUAUGAGUUUGUCAUGCAGUGUACUGCUUGGAUACAGGCGUUUUUCAUGCGACAUCACACAAAAGCCAAAGACUAAAAACUUCAGAUCCUGUGAUGAAGGACCUGCAGCGGGAAUGCGACGACAAGUUGGCGCAAAUGAAACAAGCAAACAUCGACCGGUUUGCGUUGCCAGCAACGUGUAUGGAAGGUGGAAGAAACUUGCUCAGCCGAAAUUUGUCAUGCGUGAUUCACACGACGAGGGAGUAGUCGCUUCCCCACCCUUAGCUUGUUUCGCAUGGCAAAAGAUGAAACCCAAGGAAGUCAAAUUUUAGCAUAGCCUUUGUUCCUUCCUUUCCAUACUUUCAGCGGGAGUAGUGGGCCAGCUUGCAGUCAACCCACUGCAUCCAAAGUAUAGCUUUUGGUUAAGACUUCUGAAGUUUGUCAUGCGUAAUAAAGACGGUUUACGAGAAAGAUCUGUGAUGCGUGAAUCUGCAUGACAAUAUCAAUAUCUCAGGUGGCGGAGAAGUGAAGGUCCGGGCCAAACGUGGCGCUUUCCAAAGGCUACGGCCUGGAAAAAUUUGCUCGCAAAUUGUCCUGCUUGUCCUGCACCUCACGAAUUCCACCCAAUAUUCUGCCCAAGCCGCAUGAGCGACAAAACUGAUGGUGUUGUAGAGGGACAAGCAUUACAAAUUGAGAUCAAAUUUUUUUUUUGCAUACCAAACGAGUGCGACAUCGUCUUGUUCGGGAAACUUAUCGAAAAGAAACAUUUCUUGGCUUCAUCUGCAAGUGCCUCGGGCCGAUGCAAUUGGUCAUGGUGAGAAAAUAAAUGUGAACUACUUUUAACACCUGCUAGUUCUCCACAGCGAGCUCGCUGUAAAUAUGUAUGGGCCUCUCUGUAUCAACCCCACCUGCUGAUUCUUGAGACAGCAAGAAAUACUAUCUUCCGUCCCAUACGUAAGUACUACGAAACGUGCGGCGUCAACAUGUUCUCGUACUUACGAAUAAGAAGCGCUUUUCUGUCAGAAGUUUGUCAUCCAGUUUUAAAUAUGCCUAUGGUCCUUGAACAAGUACAAGACUGGUGAUACGUACCAAAGUACCACGCAUGACAAACUUCUUCCCGAAAAUGCCGCUUUCUUUCCAUACCCGAAGGCAAAGGAGCAACUGUUUGCGGGACAGCCGUCGUAAAGAAGAAGGAGAUGAGCUUCAACUACUUCUUCGCAUUCGCAUUGUUCCUACUUCUGCAAGAACUUCUACCCGCUCCUGUUUCAGUUUCUGUACUGCUCCACUACUUCUGAACUGCUGCUACGUCGCUUCCACACUCUCAAGCAAGUUCUUUCUCCUCAUCUACCGCCGCUUGUCAGCAUGCACCUCUGCGACGCCCUGACGAGACGCUCAACCACAGACACAAUCUCUGGUGCUCGUCUAGUCGGGGAGAGAGGGCUCUUCUUCUCGAGAUGAUGAACCGGUGUCGCUGGUGCAGGGUGAUGCGGGCGAGUUGCUGAUGAGUUCGUGAGCGUACUGUUACCCAUGAUACUCCUUUACUUUUUGACAAUUGAUAUCCUCAAAAUCCUUAUGUAGUUAGAUCUAAAUUUCUGUUCUUGCCUUUAGAAUUAGAUUCAGCAGUAGAGAACUGUCUAGUACCGCUCGCCCCGCUACUAGACAUCGGCUGUAACUUUUCACCUGAACUUGUUGUUUUGAACUUUUCGUUUACUUUACCACUUCUUCCUGCCUUUGUGUUUCUAUAACAUACCUUUGGAUCUUAUUUCGCAGCUACACUAGGACUAGACCGUCUCAUCUGCGUAUUUCCUUUAUCAAGAAGUUCACUUUUCACUAGAACUCUGAACCGCGUACCUUUUGAACUUU